AUGAACAAAACUCACCCCCAGAGAAAUGGUGAUGUAGCUACUUUUGAUUCAACAAAGUCCUUCUCUGAAGAAAGAGACCGCUGCCGGCCAUGCAGUGCCCGCGCGGGCUGCACGCGGCGGCGCGCCUGCAUCUCCGCCGUGGCGCUGCUUGUCCUCGCUGCCGCCGCGGGCUCAGUGCUGGCGCUCCUGCCGCGUGUGCCAGUGAACCGCUUCUGUGCAGCCUCCAAUAACCGGACAGGCUUCUUGUGUGACGACAGAGCAACCUGUGUCCUGGCCAGCCAGGUCUGUGACAGAGUCAGCAACUGCAGGAACGGAGAGGAUGAGCAGGAGAAACUCUGCGGUGACUUGCCCCGCAGCCUUCCGGGAUACCUGGUUUUCCGCUGCAGUAACCCCAUGUACUGGGUCUAUUCCGAUCAGAGGUGUGACGGGAUGAACGACUGCGGAGACUGCUCUGAUGAGAUGGGGAGCUCGGCCGCCUGCCCCCCGUGCGGGUCGGAGUGGUGGAGCUGCAGCCCUGUGCUCUAUGAGUACUGCUCCUGCGUCCCCAGGACGUUGUGCCGGGACGGCAUCCAGCACUGCCUCAGCUGGUCCGACGAGUACAUCUGCAGACCGUGA